CUUCUGAGACAAGCGCCAGGCUGCGGAGACAAGGCUCCGGGGUUUACCCCCGGGCUCCUCCUGCUCCCACGGUCGCUCAGGGUCUAAAAUGCAGUUCGGCUGCAUCUUAAGCUGGCUCUUUAGCGUGAGAGGGGCGAGCCCUCGGCCAGCUCGCCGGCGGGAGGGCCUCGGUCGUCCCAUCCGGGCUGCAGGCUCUGCAGAGCUAGUCUAUACUGUCAGGCGAGGAGGCCCGGCCGCUCCCCUUCCCCAGAGCCGCAUCUAGAUUGGGGUGGCUAGGACAUUUUAACGUGCUUCUGAGACAGUCACCACCGAAAGGCGCCUUUAGCGAUCAGGAAACCCGCGUAGACUUCAACCACCUGGCCUUUGCGGGCGCAGAAGGCCAGGCUUGGCCUUUCCCUGCGCGGGACGGGUGGCCGCAGCCCAGCAGCCCUGGCUUAGCUCUAGACCCGGCCCAGAGUGACAUCACCAACUCCACCGAUCGCGGGAAGGGGCCCCGAAAUCCCCUAAAAAUAAAAGUUGUUCCCCCUCAUCUUCCCGGCAGAGCCAGCCCAGGCCUCUGGCCCCUAUGUGGAGAUCAUUGAGCAGCCCAAGCAGCGGGGCAUGCGCUUCCGCUACAAGUGCGAGGGACGCUCCGCGGGCAGCAUCCCUGGCGAGAGGAGCACAGAUACCACCAAGACGCACCCCACCAUCAAGAUCAAUGGCUACACAGGGCCAGGGACAGUACGCAUCUCCCUGGUCACCAAGGACCCUCCUCACCGGCCUCACCCCCAUGAGCUUGUAGGAAAAGACUGCCGGGAUGGCUUCUACGAGGCUGAGCUCUGCCCGGACCGCUGCAUCCACAGUUUCCAGAACCUGGGAAUCCAGUGUGUGAAGAAGCGAGAUCUGGAGCAGGCUAUCAAUCAGCGCAUCCAGACCAACAACAACCCCUUCCAAGUUCCCAUAGAAGAGCAGCGUGGGGACUAUGACCUGAACGCUGUGCGGCUCUGCUUCCAGGUGACAGUGCGGGAUCCAUCAGGCAGGCCCCUCCGCCUGCUGCCUGUCCUCUCUCAUCCCAUCUUUGACAACCGUGCUCCCAACACUGCCGAGCUCAAGAUCUGCCGAGUGAACCGAAACUCUGGCAGCUGCCUCGGUGGGGAUGAGAUCUUCCUGCUGUGUGACAAGGUGCAGAAAGAGGACAUUGAGGUGUAUUUCACGGGGCCAGGCUGGGAGGCCCGAGGCUCCUUUUCACAAGCUGAUGUGCACCGCCAAGUGGCCAUUGUGUUCCGGACCCCUCCCUACGCAGACCCCAGUCUGCAGGCUCCUGUUCGUGUGUUCAUGCAGCUGCGGCGGCCUUCCGACCGGGAGCUCAGCGAGCCCAUGGAAUUCCAGUACCUGCCAGAUACAGAUGAUCGCCACCGGAUUGAGGAGAAACGCAAAAGGACAUAUGAGACCUUCAAGAGUAUCAUGAAGAAGAGUCCUUUCAAUGGACCCACUGACCCCCGGCCUCCACCCCGGCGCAUUGCUGUGCCUUCGCGCAGUUCAGCUUCCAUCCCCAAGCCAGCCCCUCAGCCCUAUCCCUUUUCGCCAUCCCUGAGCACCAUCAACUAUGAUGAGUUUCCCACCAUGGUGUUUCCUUCUGAGCAGAUAAGCCAGGCCUCAGCCUUGGCCCUAGCCCCUCCCCAAGUCCUGCCGCAAGCUCCAGCCCCAGCCCCUGCCCCUGCCCCUGCCCCUGCCCCACCCAUGGUACCAGCUCUGGCCCAGGCCCCAGCCCCUGGCCCAGUCCUAGCCCCAGGCCCUCCUCAUGCUAUGGCCCCACCUGCCCCCAAGCCCACGCAGGCUGGGGAAGGAACACUAUCAGAGGCCCUGCUGCAGCUGCAGUUUGAUGAUGAAGACCUGGGGGCCUUGCUUGGCAACAGCACAGAUCCAGCUGUGUUCACAGACCUGGCAUCCGUCGACAACUCGGAGUUUCAGCAGCUGAUGAACCAGAGCUUACCUGUGGCCCCACACACAGCUGAGCCCAUGCUGAUGGAGUACCCUGAGGCUAUAACUCGCCUAGUGACAGGGGCCCAGAGGCCCCCUGACCCAGCUCCUGCUCCACUGGGGGCCCCGGGGCUCCCUAACGGCCUCCUUUCGGGGGAUGAAGACUUCUCCUCCAUUGCGGACAUGGACUUCUCAGCCCUGCUGAGUCAGAUCAGCUCCUAAGGGGGUGACGCCUGCCCUUCCCAGAGCACUGGGUUGCAGGGGAUUCAAGCCCUCCCAAAGCACUUACGGAUUCUGGUGGGGUAUGCUCCAACUGCCCCAACUUUAGUGAUGUCUUCCUUGGAGGCAGGGGAGGCACAUUUGAUCUUUUUAUUGGCAAUAUCUGUCUCUCUCUCUUUGGAGGUGCUUAAGCAGAAGCAUUAACUUCUCUGGAAAGUGGGGAGCUGGGGGAACUCAAACUCUUCCCCUAUCCUAAUGGUCAGCUCCCUUCUCUAUAGGGAACUCUGGGGUCCCCCACCCCCCUCCUCCAGCUUCUAGUACUCUCCUAGAGAGAGGAGUAGGCUGGAGCUAAGGCCUUUGAGCCCACAAAGCCUUAUUACCAAGUGUAUUUCAUCAUGGAUUCAUUACAUCAUGAUUCAAAAUAACACCCCAGUUUCCAGUCCCUCUAUGGCACUGGCAUUGUCCCUGUGCCUAACACCAGCAUUUGAAGGGGCUGGCCUUCCUGCCCUAUAGGGGUCUCUGCCAGAUCUUUCCUUGCUCAAUCGUGGCCGAAGGAAACCAGUGGAACAGUGAUUGCUCUCUCUAGGAUCCAGAGGGGGUUGGGUCUGGGACUUCCCUGCUCCCCCUCUUCUCAUGUGCCUUAAUAGUAGGGCAAGUUGUUAAGAGAAUGAGGGAGAGCAGGCCGGCAGCUCUCCAGUCAGGAGGUAUAGUUUUGACUGAAGAAUCAAAGCACGUGGACUCUUGCUCUUUCUACUCUAAACUAAUAAAUCUUGCCAAGCUA